GUACAGGAGAGGGCUCAGAAUGCACGUGAUGACAAAUAGGAGAGAUUUUUAAAAAUGUUUUAUUGUUAAAAAGUUUCAUUUGUUUAAUUCUUCUAUUUGAAAAUGUAUUUAGAUGUCUUGUUUUUGACCAAAAAUCAAUAAACAUAGUAAACAGCAUCAUCUUAGUUAAUUUAUGAAUUUACUAGACCUACUGUUGACCAAUAAUAACUUGUGUUUGGGUUGACAAAUCACUUAUAUUAUUAGGCCAAAAAAACAUGAAUGAGAGUUAGAAAUAAUGUACGGAACAGAAUGAACAAGGGAUGAAGAGGACGAUAAACACAACUGUCUGGUCCACAAGGCUGAAUCCCAAAUGGCAUCCUAUUCCCUAUGUAGUGCAGAUAAAGAGAAUAUGGUGCCAUUUGUUUCACAUCGCAAUAGUCUCCUUCUUAUUGGUGGAUAGAGACUUGACACAUUAUUACACCUAGAGCCUUCUUAUUGGUGGAUAGAGACUUGAAACAUCCUGUCACCAGCUGUGGGCCACAGACAGAGAACAGAGAAGUACAGGAUUUAGACACAUUAGACCAACUACUGAGUCAGUUAGAAAGGUAAUCAUACAGUAGAUAUUACCAUUAGGAGUCAGUUAGAAAGGUAAUCAUACAGUAAGUUAAUACAGUAAGUAGAAGUAACUUAGAAUCAUAGAUAUUACAAUAAGAGGUCAGACAGACUUAAUUAGUUGAUUUAUUGAUUGAUUGGUUUAAUCAUUGAUAUUCGGUACGGUUAGUUAAGAUGGCCGAGUACGUCAACAAACAGGUGAUUGAAUUGAACAAAGUUACUGAAGAAAACCGGAACAGAGCAACGAGGAGCGUGAAGACUGAGACCCAUCUCUCAGAUGGAAGAACAGGAGUCUACAGGCUGGCUGCUGUGUGUUUUGGAGUGCUGUGUGUUCUACAAGUCACUCUCAACAUCUCCCUGAGGCUGGCUUUCUGUACUGGAAGAGUGGUGGAAGGGAGUGGCAUGGCAGUCCAAACGAUGAGGACUGUGUUAAAGUGUCCUAAAGGAUGGAGGAUGUUGGGAUCCAGCUGUUACUUCCUGUCUACUGAGAGGAAAACCUGGGAGGAGAGCAAACUGGAUUGUCUGGCGAGAGGAGCAGACCUGGUGAUCAUAAACAGCAGACAGGAACAGAAGUUGUUGUACCAGCUGCAUGGUGAUGCAGAUCUCCUGGUCUGGAUUGGUCUGACUGACUCUGUUAAUGAGGGGACCUGGAAAUGGGUGGACGGCACACCACUGACCACAUCGUACUGGAAGAGUGGUAAGCCUGACCAUGGUGGUACCAACAACAAGGAUUGUGUCGAGGUCAACCAUCGGGACAACGUUUUGGCCAACUGGAACGUUGCACCAUGCAACCACAUGCUGCAUUGGAUCUGUGAGAAAUUACAGAAAUAGCUACAUAUAGGUCAAAUCCACAUCUAGUUUAAAUGUGUUUGCACAUUAACAUUUUCCCUAAGAUUGUGUAAUUAACUGAGCACAUGCAUUUGCAUGGUACAUGGUAUUAUCUUUCUGUCUUUCAGCCGUAAUUCAUUUUUGGCAAUAUAUUAUUGGCAACCUUUUGGAUCAGUCACAAUACUGUAUUGUUUUCAGCUUUGUCCUUUUCCCUCUAAACAGUUUAUCCAUAUUACUUCUAUGAAAUGGUAUUGUACCAUCUAAUCCACUGUGAGAUAUAUUUUCAUCUGUUUCAAUCUGGUGUCCAAAACCAAAAGUAAAAGACCAUAAGACAGAUCUACCGCUUCCUAGACCGCUUAUGUUGCUUAUGCCUGGAAUCGGCCCGACACACACAAACACAUGUACGCAAUCAGACACGCAAACAAGCAUGCACGCACGCAUUUAAACCUCAGUAAAGUUUCAGUUUUAUAGCAGCAUCUAUGCCAGGGUUGCCCAAUCAUUUUCCUGAAGAGCCUUCAAACUCAACUCUGGAUGUCGAAGCCAGUUCCACUGCAAUUUUUCAUUGUUCCCUUCUAAUUAGGGACUGAUUUAGACCUGGCACACCAGGUGGGUGCAAUUAAUUAUCAGGUAGAAAAGAAAACCAGCAGAUUCCAGACCUCGUAAGGGUAAGAAUUGACUACCCCUGCUGUGGAGCAGAGCUCUCCAACCCUAAUCCUGUAGAAGUACCGUCCUGUAGGUUCACACUCCAACCCUGUUCCCGGAGAGCUACCGUCCUGUAGGUUCUCACUCCAACCCUGUUC